AUGGAUGCGGAUAUCAGCAAUGGGUCUUCUGAUUCUGCAGGAAGUGGUACCGCUCUUCUUUCACGUAAAGGUCUUUUUGGCAAAUCUGGAGUCUUGAAUGAAAAUUUGGAUUCUUCCGUUGCUAUCAAUCAAGAUACACAGAAGUUAGAGGAAAAGAAAUCCGAUCCUAAUAACGAUGAACAAAAUACAUCGACGCUCGAGUUUAUUACUCACGAACACGUCUCUGAGGGAAAUACUAGCAAAGAAGAAGAGCCUUCACCUGAAAAUGAACAUACUACUACAGAAGAACCAACAGAAUGUCUGGAACCGAAAACGGAACCUAAUCCCUCACCUCCACCUUCCGUGGAAUCUGUUUCUAUGACUGACACACUAGACAAGGAUCACCCCCAUGAUCCAUCCCAUAACGAAGAUGAAAAUGAAGAUCAUAAAGAAACAGAAGAAAAUGAAAGUAAGGGUGACAGGGAAAUGGAAGAUGAGAACCAGGACGAUAGAGAAAACGAAGAGAACGAAAGUAAGGACGACAGAGAAAAGGAAGAAAACGAAAGCGAAGACAGCAGAGGAAAGGAAGAAAGCGAAAAUAAAGGCGACGAAGAAAAAGAGGAAAGUGAAGAAGGCAGUCAAGCAAAUGAACAAGUUCCUGCUGGAGACCAUAGCACUACUUAUGACAUCGAUGACGAGCAAGAAGCUAAUGAGGAGGCCUCUGAUCAAGUUCACGGUCCUGGCGAAAGUAAGGACGAUGAGCAAAAGGCUGCUGAACAAAAGCCACUCACCCCUGAGCCCUGCCAUGAAGAAGUGGCAGAGCCAGAAGUAGAAGAGGAAAUAUGUGUGAAGAAAAUAAUUUCGAUGGACACGGAUGACGUUGAGGAUCAAACGGAAAAAGUCACUGCUACUGUAACUGAUGAUAGCGUGGAGCCCACUGAUAAUGUUAUGGAGGUUGAGGAAGAAGCGACCAACGAAGGCGCCGAGGAAAUAAAAGAGGAAGUCGAGGAACUUCACGACGAAAGUGAGGAAAAGAUGGUGCAAGAGGGAGAGCCGGUCUCUGAGAACCGCGAUGUUGAGAUGAGCGAGCAAUUGGAUGAUGACGUUACAGAGGUUGUUCAACCGUCGUCUGAGAGCGAAGCAGUGAUCGCGGAAGAAACCGGUGAAGGGAAUGAGAAAGUUGAUGAUGAAUCAUCUUCUCGGGAUGUUACUUUGAAAGACGAAACUUCCAAAGAUGAGGCAAAAGAAGCAGAAGAUGACGAAGAGAAGGAGGCCACUCCGCCUAAGCGACGCAGUAGUUCACGGCGAAGCGUUGCUGCUGCUGUUCAAGUCGAGCCAAAGGUAUCAACGCCGCGGACCAAAGCUACUCCUGCCAGUGCUACAAGAAUGUCUUCAAGAAAACGUCAGGAUGAUGAGGAAAAGGCAGACGAUGAGGAGAGACCUGUUGCUUCUGGAAAAGCAAAAAAGCUGGAUACGGAUGCUAAGAAAAAAGUAGAAAACGUGGAGGAAUCGGUUACACCUCGACAAACUCGUCGUCGUUCAAAUGUUGAGGAAACAAAAAAAACUCCUGCUGCAACUCCAUCGAAAGGCAAAAAGAACUCAAAGAAAGAUGCCACAGAAGCGGAAGAUGAAAAUGUUGAUGAAGAGGAGCAGAAAAAGUCGCAAUCUAAGCAAGACGAAGACGAGAAUCGUGGUGCAAAGAGUUCACCGCGAAGGAGGUCAUCAAGGGUGCAGACAAAAGUGGAAGAGACUCCUAAGCUCAGCCCCGCACGUCGUGGUCGCACAAAGAAUGAAAGCAAUAGUUCAACAACCGAAAAAGAGGCAAAGAGUGAAGGCAAUGCGGACGUUGAAACACCCAGGAAAUUGCGCAAAUCAGCAGCAACUCCGGCCACACCACAAACUUCCAAGAAGUCCGCGAAAACUCCGAAGUCUGUUAAGAAAGAAGAUAAUGCAGGCCAUGAUCCCUACGACAUCGAUACUGAGAUGGAAAGACAUCCUGAGCCGCUGAAGAAUAUCCAGAUGGAGGUACAGUCAUUCGGUGAGGUUAAGUAUGCGAAGGUUGGUUCUGGAAAGUAUGAGCGGACGGAGAAGACGGCUGAACUACGGGUUGUCAAUCUUGCGGAAAUGACACCACGUACAAAGCAGCGGAAAUCUCUAGCAGAUUUGACUCCUGGCCGGAAGAAGGCUAUCUCGACGAUAUCAGGAAGCAAUACUGCACCACAACCUUCACGUCGUUCUCGAAAGUCAAGUAAAAGGGAAGCCGAUACUGACAACGAGGAAAAUAAGGACGAGGCUAUGGAAGUGGACACUAGUGCUAAUGAGAAGAGCACUCCGAAACGAAAUGCGAAUGCUACAACUCCAAAGGCAACCCCAGGUUCCGGGCGCAAAAGGAAAGCACCAACCGAGACGCCCGUAGUCCCUCCAAAACGCCAUCAAGUGGAGAUUCCUCAGCUGGCUCCGGCCGAGUUAUUGGCUGUCGACUAUCCUCAAGAUGAACACGCUCAGUAUGAAGCAGGCGCACGUGUAUAUGCUAUGUUUGAUGGCCUGUUCUAUCCUGCCAUUGUUGUCAGCCGUGACGGUUUGGGGCGAUACAAGGUUCAUUUUAUUGAAGACGAUCUAGUGAAAGAUGUACCGCCUGCAGGUGUUAUUCCGCUGCGAGCUCUUGAUCGAGAUAAAGAGUGUUACUAUUCGGAAUCGGCCGAUAAAGACCGACUAGCAGUGAAGGUUGUAAAAAGUCCUGACCAUACCAACGCGUCGGCUUGGUUUGAAGCUGAGUUUGAGUUGGAGCAGCUCAAUGAUGAUGGGGAGCCAUUGGGAAAGAAGUUCAAAGGGACUUGGACCACGCUUGCGUUGUCAAAGGAUGACUGGAGGGACUACAUCAACAGAAAAUCUCGAGAGGCCACGGACGUAAUUGCUGAUAAUAUCGAGAGUACGGAGGACAGGCAUUUGCGACGAUCUAAAGUAGCUACGCCCGUUCAAAAACCUACUCCCCGAUCAACCCCGAAAUCGUCAGCGAAAAAGUCAGAGACAUCACCUUCAUCACAGUCGAAAACUCCAGCAAAAGGUGGCCGACAAAAAAAGGGAGGUGCCGCAAAACAAACUAAAGCUGGUGCAGUUGAUGAAGAAGCAGAAGGUGCUGCCGAAGCUCAAAAUGAUCAAAUUUUCGCGGGAAUGUUGUUCAUUCUGACGUCGGCAAAUAGGCCAAACACUGACACUGGAUUCAAGAAAAAGUUCAUGACCGAUUUCAUCUCUUCUCAUGGAGGUCUGGUGGUCGAUGAUAUGAAGGAGGUCGAUGAGCAUCCAGAAAUGGAGAGGUUUCUGAUUUCGGACACACACUAUCGUACUCACAAGUAUUUGGCGGCUCUAGUUCGAGCUAUGCCAUGCGUAUCUCACGAGUGGAUAUAUAAGUGUUUGGAAGAGAAAAAACUCGUGGACUAUAAACCAUUUUUGUUACCAUCAGGCGUUUCCAUCCUCGACGAACAGGAAUAUCCUUUACCUACAAAACGCGGACUUCUGCUCCGAAAUAAACGAGUGAUGGUCCACUCAAACGUCACACCGCCAAGUAAAAAGUCGAUGUCCUUCGAACAGAUCUGGGUCCCUAUGGUACCUCACCUUGGAGGUGAAAUUGUUACUGACAUGCCCAAUGAAAAAGGAAAACUUGACAUACUCCUCACUGACCACUCAGCAACUGCUAGUCUUGUUGAGAAAGCACGAAAGAUUGGAUGUGCGGUUGUUUCAUCGGAGUGGUUGAUUCAGGGAAUCAUUAUGGAUCGCCUACCUGAUGUUAACGCCCAUCAGAAGUUCCUUCAUAACGGUGGUGUCUGCACGUAA